AAACCCGAUAGGAGGCAGCAGCUGAUCUCCCACCACCCUAAAAAUAAUCCGCUCCGGCGCCUUGCUUGCUUCGGCUAGGGGAGGAAAACUGCCUUCGGAGAGUUCUGCGUCUGGGUUUGAAACUGACAAUUAAGACAGUGUAGGAAGCUGGUGUUUUGAAGGUAGUGCAAGUGCACGAGUAGGGGGUUGAAGCAUCAAGCGACCGCCCAAGGGAAAAAUACUGUUCGUGACCAUUGCUAAAUCAUUUCUCAAUGAAAGGGAAGAGAGAAAAGAGUAAGUGAUAUAAGAAGAAAUGAGCCUUUCAUUCUGUGGUAACAACAUUUCUUCAUAUAAUAUCUAUGAUGGUGUGUUACAAAAUCCCUGCUUUGUGGAUGCCCUCAACCUGGUCCCUCAUGUCUUCCUGUUGUUUAUCACUUUUCCAAUAUUGUUUAUUGGGUGGGGAAGUCAAAGCUCAAAAGUACAAAUUCAUCAUAACACAUGGCUUCAUUUUCCUGGACAUAACCUGAGAUGGAUUCUUACAUUUGCUCUUCUCUUUGUGCAUGUUUGUGAAAUAGCAGAAGGCAUUGUUUCUGACUCGCUUUUCAUAGAAGACCUUUAUCAGAGAUAUGUAUUCUUCAUGAAUCCUCAGAAAGUAAAGCCUCCUGAAGACCUCCAGGAUCUGGGUGUGAGAUUUCUUCAACCAUUCGUGAAUUUAUUGUCAAAAGCAACAUACUGGUGGAUGAACACACUUAUCAUAUCUGCUCAUAAAAAGCCUAUUGAUCUGAAAGCAAUUGGAAAACUACCAAUAGCAAUGAGGGCGGUAACAAAUUAUGUUUGCCUGAAAGAUGCAUAUGAAGAACAAAAGAAAAAAGUAGCAGAUCAUCCAAACCGGACUCCAUCUAUAUGGCUAGCAAUGUACAGAGCUUUUGGACGACCAAUUCUACUUAGUAGCACAUUCCGUUAUCUUGCAGACUUACUGGGUUUUGCUGGACCUCUCUGUAUUUCUGGAAUAGUUCAACGUGUGAAUGAAACCCAGAAUGGGACAAAUAACACAACAGGAAUUUCAGAAACCCUUUCAUCAAAGGAAUUUCUUGAAAAUGCUUAUGUACUAGCAGUUCUUCUUUUUUUGGCCCUUAUCCUGCAAAGGACAUUUUUGCAAGCUUCCUACUAUGUAACCAUAGAGACUGGCAUUAACCUCCGUGGAGCUCUGCUGGCCAUGAUAUACAAUAAAAUCCUUAGGCUGUCUACAUCUAAUUUAUCCAUGGGUGAGAUGACCCUGGGACAGAUCAAUAACUUGGUUGCCAUUGAAACCAAUCAACUCAUGUGGUUCUUGUUCCUGUGUCCCAAUCUAUGGGCAAUGCCUGUUCAGAUCAUAAUGGGAGUGAUUCUGCUCUAUAAUUUACUUGGAUCAAGCGCAUUGGUUGGUGCAGCCGUCAUUGUACUCCUUGCGCCAAUUCAGUACUUCAUCGCUACAAAGUUGGCAGAGGCUCAGAAAAGCACUCUGGAUUAUUCUACUGAGAGACUGAAGAAAACAAAUGAAAUAUUGAAAGGCAUCAAACUUCUGAAGUUAUAUGCCUGGGAGCACAUCUUUUGCAAAAGUGUAGAAGAAACAAGAAUGAAAGAACUAUCCAGUCUCAAAACCUUUGCACUUUAUACAUCACUCUCCAUCUUCAUGAACGCAGCAAUUCCCAUAGCAGCUGUUCUUGCUACAUUCGUGACCCAUGCGUAUGCUAGUGGGAACAAUCUAAAACCUGCAGAGGCCUUUGCUUCCCUGUCUCUCUUUCAUAUCCUGGUCACCCCGCUGUUCCUGCUCUCCACAGUGGUCAGAUUUGCAGUCAAAGCCAUCAUAAGUGUUCAAAAGCUGAAUGAGUUUCUCUUGAGUGAUGAGAUUGGUGAGGAUAGCUGGCGAACUGGUGAAGGUUCUCUUCCUUUUGAGUCCUGUAAGAAACACACUGGAGUGCAGCCGAAAACUAUAAACAGGAAGCAGCCUGGAAGAUAUCACCUGGACAGCUGUGAGCAAUCCACCCAGCGUCUACGUCCUGUAGAGACCGAGGAUAUUGCAAUAAAGGUCACAAAUGGUUACUUUUCAUGGGGCAGUGGUUUAGCUACAUUAUCAAAUAUAGAUAUUCGAAUUCCAACAGGUCAGUUGACCAUGAUUGUGGGCCAAGUGGGAUGUGGGAAGUCUUCUCUUCUUCUUGCUAUUCUUGGUGAAAUGCAGGCACUGGAAGGCAAAGUUCACUGGAGCAAUGUAAAUGAAUCUGAACCUUCUUUUGAAGCAACCAGAAGUAGGAACAGGUAUUCUGUGGCUUAUGCAGCUCAAAAGCCUUGGCUAUUAAAUGCUACAGUAGAAGAAAAUAUUACCUUUGGAAGUCCUUUCAACAAACAGAGGUACAAAGCUGUUACAGAUGCCUGUUCUCUUCAGCCAGAUAUUGACUUACUACCUUUUGGAGACCAAACUGAAAUUGGAGAGAGGGGCAUCAACCUGAGUGGGGGUCAGAGGCAAAGAAUCUGUGUGGCACGAGCUCUCUAUCAAAAUACCAACAUUGUCUUUUUGGAUGAUCCAUUCUCUGCCCUGGACAUUCACUUGAGUGAUCACCUAAUGCAGGAAGGGAUUUUGAAAUUUCUCCAAGAUGACAAAAGGACACUUGUUCUUGUGACUCACAAAUUACAGUAUCUAACACAUGCUGACUGGAUCAUAGCCAUGAAAGAUGGAAGUGUAUUAAGAGAAGGGACUUUGAAGGACAUUCAAACCAAAGAUGUUGAGCUUUAUGAACACUGGAAAACACUUAUGAAUCGGCAAGAUCAAGAAUUAGAAAAGGAUAUGGAAGCUGACCAAACAACUUUGGAGAGGAAAACCCUCCGAAGAGCCAUGUAUUCGAGAGAGGCCAAAGCCCAAAUGGAGGAUGAAGAUGAAGAGGAAGAAGAGGAGGAAGAUGAGGAUGAUAAUAUGUCCACUGUAAUGAGGCUCAGGACUAAAAUGCCAUGGAAAACCUGCUGGCGGUACCUUACUUCUGGAGGAUUCUUCUUGCUCUUCCUGAUGAUUUUCUCUAAGCUUUUGAAACAUUCAGUCAUUGUGGCCAUAGACUACUGGCUAGCCACAUGGACUUCGGAGUACAGUAUAAGCAAUUCUGGAAAAGCUGAUCAGACCUACUAUGUGGCUGGAUUUAGCAUACUUUGUGGAGCAGGUAUUUUUCUCUGCCUUGUUACAUCUCUCACUGUAGAAUGGAUGGGUCUCACAGCUGCCAAAAACCUUCACCACAACCUCCUCAAUAAGAUAAUUCUUGGACCAAUAAGAUUCUUUGAUACCACCCCCCUGGGACUGAUUCUCAAUCGCUUCUCAGCUGAUACAAAUAUCAUUGAUCAGCACAUCCCUCCAACUUUGGAAUCUCUAACUCGCUCAACACUGCUCUGCCUGUCCGCCAUUGGCAUGAUUUCUUAUGCCACCCCUGUGUUCCUGGUUGCUCUUGUGCCUCUCGGGGUCGCCUUUUAUUUUAUCCAGAAAUACUUUCGAGUGGCUUCUAAGGAUCUCCAGGAACUUGAUGAUAGUACCCAGCUCCCUCUGCUUUGCCACUUCUCAGAAACAGCUGAAGGACUCACCACCAUUCGGGCAUUUAGGCAUGAAACCAGAUUUAAGCAACGUAUGCUGGAGCUGACGGACACAAACAACAUUGCCUACUUAUUUCUCUCAGCAGCCAACAGAUGGCUGGAGGUCAGAACGGAUUAUCUGGGAGCUUGCAUUGUCCUCACUGCGUCUAUUGCAUCCAUCAGCGGCUCUUCCAAUUCUGGAUUGGUGGGUUUGGGUCUUCUAUAUGCACUUACGAUAACCAAUUAUUUGAACUGGGUUGUGAGGAACUUGGCUGACCUGGAGGUCCAGAUGGGGGCAGUGAAGAAAGUGAACAGUUUCUUGACUAUGGAAUCUGAGAACUAUGAAGGCACUAUGGACCCUUCUCAAGUUCCAGAACAUUGGCCACAGGAAGGAGAGAUCAAGAUUCAUGACCUGUGUGUCAGAUAUGAAAAUAAUCUGAAACCUGUUCUUAAGCAUGUCAAGGCGUACAUCAAACCAGGGCAAAAGGUGGGCAUAUGUGGUCGCACUGGUAGCGGGAAAUCAUCAUUAUCACUGGCUUUCUUCAGAAUGGUGGAUAUAUUUGAUGGAAAGAUUGUCAUUGAUGGGAUAGACAUUUCAAAACUACCACUGCACACACUACGUUCUAGACUUUCAAUCAUUUUGCAGGAUCCAAUACUAUUCAGUGGUUCUAUUAGAUUUAAUUUAGAUCCAGAGUGUAAAUGCACAGACGACAGACUCUGGGAAGCUCUAGAAAUUGCUCAGCUCAAGAAUAUGGUCAAAUCCCUACCAGGAGGUCUAGAUGCAGUUGUCACUGAAGGUGGGGAGAACUUCAGUGUUGGACAGAGACAGCUGUUCUGCCUUGCUAGGGCCUUUGUCCGCAAGAGCAGCAUUCUCAUCAUGGACGAAGCCACGGCUUCCAUUGACAUGGCCACGGAAAACAUUUUGCAGAAAGUGGUAAUGACGGCUUUUGCAGACCGCACCGUUGUUACAAUAGCUCAUCGGGUUCACACUAUUCUGACGGCAGACCUGGUUAUUGUGAUGAAGCGAGGAAAUAUUUUAGAAUAUGACACUCCAGAAAGCCUCUUGGCUAGGGAAGAUGGAGUUUUUGCUUCUUUUGUCCGUGCGGACAUGUGAAGGGAUGUCUUAAACCGAUACAUGAAUUUAAAAUAAUGCAGUCAUAACCUACUUAGUGGAUCAUCAGCUUGACCUUCAAAAAGUGGCAUCUUAAAUUUUUACACUUUUGUAAAGCAUAUUUGUUGUGUUGUGGGACUUUGUAAUUAGUUACAGUGUCACUUUACCAAUGAAUAUUGUAUUUCCUAUAUUGAUAUUUCUUUUUUGUUUUGUUUUCCAAGAUCUUACUGCUUAAUAUGUUCAUUACUGAUGACUGUCUAAUGAUUAAGCCACUUUACCGUUAAGAAUUGCAGGCUGUAUGAAAACAUGUAAGCUACUUUAACUGGUAAGUCAACAGCUAUAAUUUCUCAUAAUUUUAAGGCUGGUAAAUACCUCUCAGGCAUAGAAGUCACCAUGAGUAUUCAGUAUGGUUAUACUCUUAUUUGGAAGAAUAUGUUUUCCGUUUUGUUGGUGUCCCCAGAUGUUACUGGAAGAGAAAUAAGAGGACAGGUUUUCUAAUCAGUGAGAAAAGAAAACACUCAAAUCCAUUAUCUACCGGAUGAAAAUAUUCUCUGUGUUCAUUACCAUUAGUAGCAAUACUGAUGCUUCCUUUAACAGUCUCUUUUCCUCAUCUAAAUUGUUUCCUGCUACCAAGAAGUCAUUUAUGGUAGCUUUGGAAAGCCAAAGCCUUAAUCAGAGAGAUCAUGGGAAAAGUUUGGAUAUUUGAAAAAUUAUACUCAAGGUUCCAUUUUUCCCUGUUCAGUCAGGAGAGAGUUCCUAAGGUAUCAGGAAUAAUGUGCUUUUUCCAGACUAAAGUUCAAAGAGUAAAUAUAUUCAGUCCUUCCAUGGCAGGCCAGCUAAAACUCUCUAUGGUUUAAUUCACCACUAAAUGUGGUUAUGAUCCUGAGCCCCAAAAUUCCACAUUUUCAAGAUUCAGGAGCAUAGGCAAGUGGCCUCGUUUGCCUAUGUAAGUAUAUAUGAAACAAGUGUCUAUUUCAAGGUGGAAGAGUAUAUUUCUUUUUGACAUUUCUGCCCAGUGGUGUCACAUGUAUAUCCAUUUGGCACUGCUCUAAUUUUAAUGCACAUGUAAAAAAGUGAAUCAAAGUGUUAUUCUAAUUUUAAUGUACAUGUUAAGAGUGCAUCAAAUAUGGAUUGAAUAUUAGUGUUAUGUUUUGUUUAAAUAUAAAUUAAUAAAUUUUAAAAUACUAAAAGUUACCUGCAUUGUCUACUAAGCAGCCAAAGCUUUCUACUAUAAUUCUCUGCCCAUCUAGUAUAAAUAUCAUGGGUUUUCAUAUGAAGGCCGCGUGCAUUGUUAGAUUUUGAAGAAUUAUGAUUGAUAGAAAAAGAGAAUUUGUGCCCCCUCUCUGUAAUUUUUAUGUUCAGUUUAUUGUAUUGUGUACUCACUCUUGGGAAAUCUGUAAUACUAGUUUAUCUGGCAUAUAUGACUGGGACUUCACCUAAAUAUAGAGUCCUGAUGUUUACCUAAGAUAAGUUCCAUAAGGAUGGACAGAUGUGUUCUGUGUCAUUUAGCUUGAAUUGUCACCCUUUGUUGUAUAUCUAAAACCUCAUUGAGAAGAAUCCUCUUAAUGUUUCCUGAAAGCUAAACAAAACAGAAUCAAUAACUAUUAAAUCAAUCUUGAAAAUAUUUUCUAAAAAUUCUACCAAUCUCCUCAAAGUAUUUCUGGCAUGGAAAUGUUUUGUAAGGUUGCAUUUGCAUGGUGCUGGUUAUCAACUUACUCCUCAUUCUCACAGAGAAAUGGGGAUUUACCCGUAACAGUAACCCCUCACGAUAUUUGUAAAUAUAUAUGUCAACAGCAGCAUAGCUGAUGACCCUAAACUGAGAAUCACAUUUCUCAUUCUGACACCCAAGUGGUCACUAGUUCUGCAUUAACUUUUAGUCACUUGAGUGUUUAAUAGUUUACAAAACUGAACUGACUGAAUAAAGUCAGGAAUGACUUUUUGAAUUGUUUAAUCAUCUAUUAUGCUAUAUGUAUGAUCUAUUGAAUAUAGAAAUGACUCAUCCUGAAAUAACUUUUUAGUAAAUAGGUACAUAUCUAUAAAAGAUGAGCCUUAACCAAAUCAAAUUUUACACUCCCCAAUUUUACACUUAAUUAACCAAAAUCCAUUUUAUAGAUUUUAAUUCCUUAAUAUUUGUUAAAAGCAAUAAAUGCAUAAAGAUUUAUAUGAAAAAUAACAAGGUUACUGAUAUCACUUCGAGGUUUUUAAAAAAUUUCUCUUGAAGGACUGAGCAUCCUCUAUUCUUGUGCUACUACUCGUGAUCCAUUUAAAAGUCAGCUUAGCUCUAGAUUAGAUACCAGAAGACUGGUAUUUGAGAUCCCAUAACUGAUAUUUGAGAUCUGGGACCAUGUCUGUUUAUUCUUUAUGUCCUUUACAUUUAAUACAAGUGUCUAGCCCACAGUAGGCCCUAAUAAGUAUAGUAGAUUGACCCAUUGAUUAGUCUCACCACUAGCCAUGGGCCUAAAACUCUGGGUUAUUCUCUGCACUUUUGUGUUGUGUUGAUUCUACUGUGAAAAUAUACUGCCUUGGUAUUAUAUAAUAAAUUACUCUUUCUCUUUGCUUGAUUAAA